GUCUACGAAUAUUUAACACCCAAAGUCUCAAGCAAUAUAAAUAUCGAAGAUUGGAAUGAAAUGGCCAAAGACAUCGACAAAAAGUACAAAGACUUUGAUGGGUUCGUGAUUGUACACGGUACCGACACCAUGGCGUAUACGUCCUCCGCACUUUCGUUCAUGUUUGAGAAGCCUUGUAAACCGAUCGUCUUAACCGGUUCACAGAUACCUAUGUUCGAUAAUGAUGAGAAGCCUAGGGUUGAAAGUGACGCUCGUGAUAACUUGCUCGGAGCACUAUAUGCUGCAGGACAUGUUGCCAUUCCAGAAGUAACCUUGUUUUUUGACAAGAAGAUAUUCCAAGGAAAUCGUGUCAUAAAGUUUGUGAACAACAAAAUGGACGCAUUUUGUUCGCCGAACAUUGAACCUCUUCUGGAAGUCGAUAAUAUGGGAAUGUUAU